ACCUUUACACCGGAAGCUAUCGGUGUAAACAUUGUGUAGCUGAAGGUGAGACGGACGGUAUCGCCCGAUGCAACCGAAAAAUGUCUAAAAACACGAGAAUAGUGUUGAUAUUUGGAGGCUUUAUAACGGCCGUCGCUGCUGCGUUUUACCCCAUAUUUGUCUACCCUCUCGCACACAAAGAAGAGUACAGAGACGUGCAAAAGAUGAACCGGGCAGGUAUCAACCAGGCAGCUGUGCAGCCUGUGGGAGUGAAGGUUUGGUCUGAUCCAUUCAAGUCUUCAGGCAAAUGAUGACCACCAGAUGACCAUUCACUGAUUCCAGACACUGAUGAAGACUCUAAGAGGACAAUGUUUUUUGCUUUUUGAUAUGUGCUUGGUGUGUAUGAUAUGUCCGUUUUGUUGAGUGAUGCCUUACCCCUUCAAUAAAGUUCUAAGAACGUAA